AUGAAAGGAAAACAUAAAGGUGUGCAGGAAAGAUUACUCGAGAUCAAUCCAAGAGCUUUCUACACACCAUGUGCUUGUCAUAGUCUUAAUCUCAUACUUUCAGAUAUGGCCAAGUCUUGUCCUAAAGCAAGUUCUUUUUUUGGAUCCAUACAACGUAUUUAUACACUUUUUUCAGCUUCAACCAACCGGUGGGAUGUAUUUAAAGAGGAGAUUGGAAAGAAGGGAUGGACACUUAAACCGUUUUCAGAUACACGGUGGGAAAGCCGUGUCGCAAGUGUCAAAGCAAUAAGAUACCAAGCUCCAAAAAUUCUAAAUGCUUUAGAGAGAUUGCGAGAUUCAUCCCCUAUCUCUCAAGAAGUCAGCACUGCCGACAACUUAGUAAGUUUGGACUUGCAUAAUUUUGAAUUUUAUCUUAGCUUGACUAUCUGGUAUAGACUUCUGUUUGCUGUUAAUACUGUGAGUAAGUCAUUGCAAUCUAAAGAUAUGGACAUCGGUGUUGCUAUACAACAAAUGAAAGGCCUUAUUGAGUUUUUUAAAGACUUUAGAGUAAAUGGGUUUCAAAAGGCAAUGGAUGAAGCUAAGGAGAUUUCAAGAGCGAUGGGAACUGAACCUAUAUUUCGUGAAGUUCGUAACACCCGUACUACCGAACCAACAUCAGGUGAGGAUUUUUUUAGAAAAAAUUACUUCUUAUAUAUAGUAGAUAGUGCUAUGUCUUCAUUCCGAACCAGAUUUGAACAAUUUCAAAUGUACGAAGAAAUAUUUGGGUUUUUGUAUUACUUGAAAAAGUUGAAAUAUAUGAGUGAGGAUGAAUUGAUGAGUGCAUGUGUUGCAUUUGAAGCUUAUUUGAAGCAUGGUGGAUCUAGUGAUAUUGAUGGCAGGGAAUUAUGUAUGAAACUAAUCGUCAUGCGAAUUGUACUACCUAGUUCGUGUAGUAAGCCAAUCGAUGUCUUACAAUUUUUACUAAGAAUGGGUGGUUGUUACCCUAAUGCAUGGAUUGCUUAUAGGAUAUUGCUUACGAUUCCAGUCACAGUCGCCUCCGCGGAAAGAAGUUUUUCUAAGCUAAAGUUGAUUUUCUCGUAUCUUCGAUCAACUAUGUCGCAGGAAAGACUAGUAGGAUUAUCUAUGUUAGCAAUUGAAAAUGACAUGGCUAUGCAAGUUGAUUUUAAAAUUGUACUUUCUGAUUUCGCAUCCAGGAAUGUAAGAAGGGUCAUUUUCGAAUAG